GGAUAUAAAAGGUUCCCCAGACAGCCUGGCUUCAGAGCGCGCCACUCGAAGGGUCCGAAGUUGGGAACGCUUUGCAGUCCGCGUUGGAUCGCUCGUCUUCCGGGGGCCAAGAUGUGUGACAAACCAGAUCUGUCUGAAGUGGAGAAGUUCGAUAAGAAGAAGCUGAAGAAGACCAACACGGAAGAGAAGAACACGCUUCCUUCCAAGGAGACCAUCGAACAGGAGAAAGAGUCUGUGAAGUCCUCAUAGAGAUGGCCCCUUCGCACGAAGCGCCAGCUCGCUUCCUUUUUUGUCUUUCUGUUCUUGAAUUAACUGGGUUUUUUUUAAUGCCAUGUAUUGAACAAUCGGCAGCCUUGCAUUGCAGUCAUAAUCUUUUCACUACUUGAGUCCCUCCGGCAUCUGGCCAGGGCAGCCCUCCUUUGGUUCGGCUGCCUCCUUUGAUGAUAACCGCCAAUGCCUGACGUGAAGUGGGAAGAGCAAAUGAUACAGAAAUGGGGUUCCAAGGACCUGUUCCCUCUCCCACCACCCACGAAGCCGAAGCCAACCCCUUUCCCUCUUUCCCUCCCCCUCCCCGCCAGAUGGGGCAAUUCUAGUAUUUGAGGCCCAUCCGAUCCAUCUGCUUAUAAUCGGUUCUGCAGCUGUACUUAAUUUGUUUUCCUAUGAAUGAAAUGGAGACAAACUAUUAAACUUGAAAAAUGAUUUCUA